AUGUCUGAACAGCAGUCCAGCGAACCUCGUAUCAAGUCUCACAAAAGAAAUACCGCUCACCGACGACGUCGCGAUGACGAAGAUUUUGAUGAGCGCUGGGGGGAUGAAGAGAUACCAGAGGAUGAGGAGCAGGCUGGCGACCCGGAAUUUGAGGAAUCUUCUUGCAAGAGAGUGAAACUAUCCGAUGGUUCUGUUUCGCAGCGGUCGAGCAACCCCACGCGGGCGCCGGAAACAGCAGACGAGAAGGCCCAAAGGGAAAGAGCCGAGGAUGUGAGGGAAAGGGAUGAGUUUGCCAAGAGGCUGGCAAAACGAGACGAGGAGCGAGCAAAGAAGAUUGUGGAAGACAGAACCUCGGGCAAAGGCAGCGCCACAGCGCAGCGGAGGGCAUUAGCAGACGAUGCCACGGCCAGAGAGGCAGUCAUGCCGGAUCUGCGACUCCGUUCAAGACAAGACUACCUGAAGAAGAGAGAAGCAGAGAGGUUGGCCCUCUUGCGGAAACAGGUUGCCGAAGAACAGGCCGAGCUUAGAGACAAUCCCGACCUGACAAGGCGGGAGAAGGAGGAGUUUGCACGCAACCAAGAAAUCCUCCGAAUUGCUGAAGAGCGACUGAGUAUCGACGACCACCUCGACGGCUACGCUCUUCCGGAGGACUACAUUACGGAGAAAGGCAAAAUAGACAAGCGGAAGAAGGAGCAAGCUCUCUAUCAGCGUUAUGUUGACAGGGAUGAAAGCGGCCGAGAACGUUACGUGACGGAGAACGAGGAAUGGGAAAAAGAGCAGACCAAGCGAGCGGAGGCGCAGAUCAAGAGAGCCGAGUUUGUCGAUGAAGGUGACUACGGCUAUGUCUUCGACGAGAGCCAACAAAUGAAAUUUGUCAUGGCCGAAACCGUUGGUGGAGAUAUAGGCAAAGGGAUGACGAAAGAACAAAGAGAUCUAGUUCAGAGGCUGAGUGCUGCAGAAGCCAAAGCCAAAAGCAUCGACGAAACGAGAAAGAGCCUACCAGUCUACCAGUUCCGCGAUCAAAUCAUCCAAGCGGUCAAAGACCAUCAAGUCCUGAUCAUUGUCGGUGAAACUGGCAGCGGAAAAACCACGCAACUCCCGCAGUAUCUCCAUGAAGCUGGUUUCACGAAAGAUGGAAUGAAAAUCGGCUGCACCCAACCCCGACGAGUGGCGGCCAUGUCUGUUGCUGCAAGAGUGGCGGAGGAAAUGGGCAAGCGGUUGGGAAACGAAGUUGGUUAUGCAAUCCGGUUCGAAGACAACACCAGUGAAAAGACCGUUCUGAAAUACAUGACCGACGGUAUGCUAUUGAGAGAGCUUCUGACCGAUCCGGAACUGUCGCAAUAUUCGGCACUUAUGAUUGAUGAAGCACACGAACGGACUGUGAGUACAGAUAUCGCCUGUGGCUUGCUGAAAGACAUUGCAAAAGCAAGGCCGGAUCUGAAACUGCUGAUAUCCUCAGCCACGAUGGAUGCCCGGAAGUUUCAGAAAUACUUUGACGAUGCUCCCAUUUUCAACAUUCCCGGCAGAAGGUACCCGGUGGACAUUCAUUACACGGCGCAGCCUGAGGCCAACUACCUCGCGGCCGCUAUCACCACUGUUUUCCAAAUUCACAUCACACAGGGCGCAGGAGAUAUUCUAGUGUUUCUUACAGGUCAGGAGGAGAUUGAGGCGAUGGAAGCGAAUCUGCAGGAAACAGCACGGAAGCUCGGGAACAAAAUCCGAGAAAUGAUUAUUUGCCCCAUCUAUGCCAACCUGCCGACAGAUCUACAAGCAAAGAUAUUCGAACCUACUCCACCUGGGGCAAGGAAGGUGGUCUUGGCGACCAAUAUCGCGGAGACGUCGUUAACAAUUGACGGUAUUGUCUAUGUGAUUGACCCAGGAUUCGUGAAGGAGAACCAAUACAAUCCGCGAACCGGCAUGGAGUCGUUGGUGGUGGUCCCCUGCAGUCGCGCCUCAGCCGGUCAACGUGCCGGUCGAGCCGGCCGUGUUGGGCCUGGCAAAUGCUUCCGACUGUACACUGCGCAGGCCUACAAGAACGAGCUUGAGGAGAAUACCACGCCAGAAAUUCAACGGACUAAUCUGACGGGGGUGAUUCUCCUGCUCAAAAGUCUCGGUAUCAAUGACCUUCUCGACUUUGAUUUCAUGGAUCCGCCUCCGACCGACACUAUCGUUAGAGCGAUUGAACUGCUCUACGCACUGGGGGCGUUCAAUAAUGCCGGUGAACUGACCAAGAUUGGUCGUCAAAUGGCGGAGUUCCCAACCGAUCCUAUGCUAGCUCGGUCCAUCCUCGCUUCUGACAAGUAUGGCUGUGUUGAUGAGCUGCUCUCAAUCAUUGCAAUGUUGGGUGAAGCCUCUGCAUUGUUCUUCCGACCCAAGGACAAGAAGAUCCAUGCCGAUAGCGCCAGGGCUCGGUUCACCAACAAAGACGGCGGUGAUCAUCUCACCCUGCUCAAUGUCUUCCAGGAGUGGGUGGAUUCAGACUACAGCUAUGUCUGGGCGAAAGAGAACUUCUUACAGCAACGAAGCCUGACGCGAGCACGAGAUGUACGGGAUCAGCUGGCAAGACUGUGCGACCGGGUGGAAGUGGACGCUAGCAAAACCUGCGGAGGAUCGUCGAACAUCGAACCCAUCCAGAAGGCGAUCACGGCCGGCUUUUUCCCACAUUCAGCGAGGCUUCAGCGAGACGGUCAGAGUUACCGGACGGUGAAGAAUGGACAAACCGUUUAUAUCCAUCCUUCGGGCGUGCUCAUUGAGAACCGACCCAAGUGGCUCCUAUACCAUGAACUGGUCCUGACCAGCAAAGAAUAUAUGAGAAGCUGCAUGCCAUUGAAGCCGGAAUGGUUGAUGGAGGCGGCUCCUCAUUAUUACAAGAAGAAGGACUUGGACUCUCUGGGGGUAGAAAGAAAACUCCCGAAAGGUGAGGGCAAGGCUCAGAGUAAGAUAUAA